CUUCCCUUCUCUCUCUCUCCUUCCCCUCACACACUCACCAUGGAGGCGCAACCGCCAACACCCUCGACUGCGCCGCCACCUCCGCCGCCACACCUCAGUUAUCCUGACUCGGUCGAAUCCUCGCCACGCUCCCGCAACACCGACUCCUGGGACGAGCCCUUUGCGCCGGCGUCGUCCAAGCUACGUCUGAUGUGCAGCUACGGUGGACAUAUCGUUCCUCGUCCACACGAUAAGUCCCUCUGUUACGUUGGCGGCGACACGCGCAUCAUCGUUGCGGAACGCGCUACUUCACUCGCGGACCUCUCCACGCGCCUCUCAAAGACUUUCCUGAACGGACGGACCUUUACGCUGAAGUACCAACUUCCCAACGAGGACCUCGAUUCUCUCAUCUCUGUCACCACCGAUGAAGACCUGGAGAACAUGAUUGAUGAGUAUGACCGCACCGCCGCCGCGGCCACCUCCGUCGUCAAACCUUCCCGCAUCCGCCUCUUUCUCUUCCCCACCAAACCCGAUUCCACUCACUCCAUUCCCCCCCAAAUUCUCGACACCUCGACCAAAUCGGACGACUGGUUCUUGAAUGCCCUAAACGGCAACGGAGUACCUAACCGAGGGUUUUCGGACUCUGCUUCUGUUAAUUGCCUCGUUGAUCUCGACGACGAGGUUGCCGGGAACAACCUCGAACCCGGUUCCAAGGACGUUGGGGAAGGUGGUGCUGGUGCUGGUGUUGGUGGAGGUGCUUCUUUGGGUGGAUCUUUCGGCAAGAAUUUGAAGCAGGAUGUUCACUCCGUUCCCGAUUCGCCCAUGCUCGAAACGACGUCAUCGUUUGGGUCCACGUCGUCGUCACCGUCGCUCGCCAAUUUGCCUCCGAUUAGGGUUCAUGUCGUGGAGGAUCAGAAGGUAAUGGGGAUUGAGGAGCAGUUCGCGCAGAUGGGGGUUGGAGUGGGGCAGAAGCAGCAGGAUGAGGGUUUUGUUUUGCUGUCUUCGCCGCCGCCUCCGCCAGUCCCGGCAACGCUCGCCGCCGUGGGUGUACCGAUUGGCCCACCGACGAUUGUCGCAGGGGAUUAUCACAACCGGGUUGUCUCUGAUGAUGAGAGAUCCGAUCAUGGGGUUCCUGUCGGGUAUAGAAAGCCUCCCACUCCUCAGCCACAAGUACAGACGCAAGCGCAGUCACAAACACAAACCCUUGCUCCUCAGUUUCAACAGAAGUCAACUGGUGGUAGCGGCGGUGUUGUUGAUUUGCCUUCUCCUGAUUCAGUUUCAAGUGAUAGUAGUCUUGCGAACGCAAUUUCGCGUCAGAAACCUGCUGUUUAUCAAGAACAAGUUCAGAUUCAAUCUGGGACUACAAGGGUUCCUAGUAACCCUGUGGAUCCGAAGCUCAAUGUUUCUGAUCCGCACGGUCGGAUCCAGAUGCAGCAACAUGUACAGGACCCUGGAUAUUUGUUACAACAGCAAUUUGAACAGCAUCAGCAGACGCAGCAGUUGCCACAACAGCAAUUCGAGCAGCACCAGCAAGCGCUGCCACAACAGCAGCAACAAUUUAUUCAUGGCACACAUUUCAUCCACCAUAACCCUGCAAUUUCUGCGUAUUAUCCUGUAUAUCCUUCCCAGCAACAUCCACAGCAUCCACAGCAGCCACAGCUUUACUAUGUUCAUGCGAGGCAACCGCAGGCCUACAACCUACCUGUGCAGCAGGCUAAUAUGGGUGACUCUGCUGGAAAUCUUGCUUCUAGCCGCCCACAAACUCCACCAAAUCCUGCUACACUGGUUCCACAAUCUGCUGGAUACAAUCCCAUGAGAAAUACUCCCAUGCCUAAAACUGAAAUGAAUGCUUACAGAGCCGCAACCGCAGGCACCCCUCAACUAGUUCAAGUUCCUACAAGCCAGCAUCAGCAACAGUAUGUCACUUACUCACAGAUUCAUCAUCCAUCUCAGUCCAUGGCUCCUAAUUCUGCUCCCCAGGCGAAUUAUGGUUUUGAUUAUGCUGACCCUGCUCAUGCUCAAAUAUACUACUCUCAACCCUUGGCACCUACAAUGCCUUCCCAGUACCAGACUAUGACUGCUGCUGCUGUGAUGAUGCAGGAAGGUUCAGCUCAGCAUCCCUCGGACAAUUUGAAGCAGCAGAUAAGAACCUCACAACCAUUAUAAACCAGUACUUAAAAAAAAAAGAAACAAUUUUGAAAAAAAUGGGUUUGGUUUCCCUUUAAGUUUUAUAUUCAGUUCCUGUCGCCAUGUUUGGCGAACUGUUUGUGGUAUGUAUUUUGAUAGAAAAAUAAGAAACUGUGAUCAUCUUGUACUCUUUCUUGUAUGUCAUAAUUUAUAAUUUAUAUAGGAAACGAAAUUGGUCCAAGGUUAUACUGUAAAAGGUCGAGUCUGAAACAUUGUAUUGUGAAGUUCAAAAUCAAUUCCUGAAAUGAUUGUCAUAUAAAUUACCGGGUUUUGUUUCU